UAGUGAAGAAUGGCUCCUGGAAAUGGUUCUUUUGUGACUGAAUUCAUUCUGUUGGGUUUAACAGAACAACCAGAUCUCCAACUCCCCUUGUUCUUCCUGUUCCUAGUAAUGUAUAUGGUCAGCGUGUUGGGAAAUUUGGGCUUAAUGACUCUCAUUGGGCUUAGUUCACACUUGCACACCCCCAUGUACUUUUUCCUCUUCAACUUGUCCUUUGUAGACUUCUGUUAUUCGUCAGUAUUUACUCCAAAAAUGCUGACGGAUUUCUUAUCAAAGAAGAAUGUUAUCUCUUACAUGGGGUGCAUGACUCAGUUCUACUUUUUCUGGUUUUUUGUCGUUUCUGAAUGCUACGUGUUGACAUCAAUGGCCUAUGAUCGCUAUGUGGCCAUCUGUAAGCCACUGUUGUAUAACAUUGCCAUGUCCCCUGCAGUGUGUUCUAGGCUUGUGCUUGGUUCAUACUUGAUGGCAUUUUUUGAUACCAUGACGCUCACUGGAUGUCUGCUGAGACUGACCUUCUGUGAUGCAAAUACCAUCAACCAUUAUUUUUGUGACAUCCUCCCUCUGCUCCAGCUCUCCUGCACAGGCACCUAUGUCAGUGAGCUAGCGGUUUUCAUUGUGGGAGGCAUCAACAUAAUUUUUCCCAGUCUCACCAUCUCUGUCUCGUAUGGUCUCAUCCUGUCCAGCAUCCUCCGCAUCAGUUCCAGGGAGGGCAGGUCCAAAGCCUUCAGUACCUGCAGCUCCCACGUAGGUGUUGUUUUUCUGUUCUUUGGAUCGGGUGCAUUUAUGUAUCUUAAACCAUCUUCUGCUAGGUCUAUGGAUGAGGGGAAAAUCUCUUCUGUCUUCUACACGAAUGUGGUUCCCAUGAUUAAUCCCUUCAUCUACAGUUUGCGGAACAAAUAUGUUAAAAUUGCUCUGAGAAAAACCCUGGAGAGGAGAAAAUUUUGA